AUGGAAGACGUCUUUUUAUUCGAGUUGGGCUAUGGUAUACAGUUGCUAGCUGGGUUCCUCCUACUAUACAGGAUAUCCACUACAAAGAACAUCUAUGGCUUGUCUAUCGAUACUCAGGUCUGUUUCCUUAUGGGAACAUUGUCGAGGUUUGUGUGGAUGAUGGACACUCGUUUAGUGGAGACAUGGUUCUCCUAUCUAGAGUUAUGGCUCAACUUGGCCGUACAGAUAGCCCUGUGCUACUAUUGCUAUAUAUACUGGCACACUACUACAAUGCAUGCCCCCCGAUACCUCCGGGCGCCGGUAUUAGCAGUUGUAGCCCUUCUACUAGCGUUCCUCUUCCAUCCAGGUUAUGAGUGGUGGUCCGGUCAGGUGUUGGUAUCAUUCACCAUGUACAUCGAAGCAACAGGCCUCAUACCACAACUGUGGCUAAUGCGAAAGAUGAUGGAUAUCGAGCCCAUCACCUCACAUUAUGUGGGAUUGUUAGUCAUAUCACGAGCGGUGCGAAUGGUUUUUUGGGGAGUGCUUUACAUGCAGCUACGCCCUAUCGGAAUGAGGGUGCAUGUAACUCUCCUUUGGAUCAUAACGACAGCUCAACGAGAACUGGAUAUGCUCAAACAUCUAUACUUCCAUCCCGAGGGAUUGGGCGUAGUGAUGGUGGUACGAGGGGUGGCCAAGGACUGGCCAAUAACAGGCAGCACUUGUGAGGACUUCUGUCGUAAUGAGGACCUCGAGGGUAUAUACUUAGAGAAACUGUACGGCUCUGAGGACGGCAUUUACUGGGCUGUUCGAGACACACUAGACGCCCAUCCGAAGGCUCGCAAGUGGAUUUCCGAAUCUACUAGGUUACCACAUUUUAUACCAAGGGAGGGCAAUGAGGAAGUGUUUGAAACUGGCAGCGAGAUCUGGUUUACUCCUGAGCACUCUGGUGCUAAAGCUCAUGCUGAUUCGCAUCCUCAGGCUACUGCAGCGUUCCAGUUGUCGGGCUCAAGGGUUUGGAGGCUAGCUGUGAUGCCUGAGUUCCCUCAUCCAACUUUACGGGCACAUCUUUAUGAUUCAACACCGUUUGAUUGGACUCCUGAAGUUGAAAUCACUCUUGCUGAAGGGGAUGGUAUCUUCAUACCACCAGGUUCGAGGAGGGCGUUGGAUGGGUCCUAUAAGGAGAGCGGGAGAUGGGAGGAAUAUGUGGACACUCUUACUCGAUUUAGUACGGCAUCAGGUGGCUACCUUGCACCCUCGAUGGAGAGGUUCCCUUUUGUUGGCCUUGCAGGAGCUCCUUACAACGCCACUACACCCCACAUUUUUGCGAAGACAUUGCCCCCGCUUCUGCACAAUAAGGGCCCGGGGCCAAUGACUACUGCCUGGACUAGAGAGGCCAUCUCAUACGGUGUCGACCCUUACACCCUCUUCCAUGACAGAGAUGGUGAUGGCCAGGCCGCUCCGGAGGAGAUAAUUCAAACCUUCCUCGAGUGGCAUGAACUUGAAAUGGAGGUCCUCGAGGCAACACCGAAAGCAGCUCUUCCAUUACACUACUUUCCGAAAUACCCAUUAGUCGAGAGGAUUGAUGAGUUCGAAGCUGAGAUGUUUUACGAGUAUAGGAAGAGGUCACUGCAUGGUCAUGAUGAGGAACUGUGA